CCACCGAGGAUACAGCGCCGUUUAACACGUGAGCCUCAUGUGAUAGAGGUAGGUCAGGCUGAGCGGAGAGUCAGUUUAUUUAACUCGUCGCUCUGUCCUCCCCCACCUUCCCAACGCGCCAUCAAGAGGGUUACCUUCCUUCUGCGGCGGGACCACAGCGUGGAGAUCCUAGGGACUAACUCGAAAACCAUUUUCGCAUCCAAAAUAACCUCUACUUUAUUAAGAUUAGUGGUAAAGAAUGAGAAAUUAGAAAACAUUUUGACAUUUUUUUGAAGCGUUUUUAGUGCAACUUUUUUUUUAAAAUCACGCGUUGGAAAAGACUUUGACUGCGUAAUUGGAGUAAAGAGAAUGGAGCGAAUUCCAAGCGCGCAACCACCUCCUCUGUCCAAACACCAAGCUGAUCUGUCAGACGUGCAGGGGAUGGAUUUCCCGAUGUAUGUUUAUAAACCCAGGCGAGGAAUGAAGAGAGGAGAGGAGAGCAAGGAAACCUACAAGCUUCCUCACAGACUUAUUGAAAAGAAAAGGCGUGACCGGAUAAACGAGUGCAUCGCUCAAUUGAAAGAUUUAUUGCCAGAGCACCUGAAACUCACGACUCUUGGCCAUCUGGAGAAGGCUGUGGUUUUAGAGCUUACGCUCAAGCAUGUGAAAGCCCUCUCCUCUCUUCUGGAGCAACAACAGCAGAAGAUCCUCGCUCUGCAGAACGGCAUGCAAAUUGAGCAGCCUCCCGUCAGUCAGGAGAAGUCAGAGGAGAUGUUCCGCUCUGGCUUCCACAUGUGUGCCAAGGAGAUCCUUCAAUAUCUAACCAGUCAUGAGACUGAAGGAGAUUUCACACCGUCCCACGUGAUCAGUCACCUUCACAAGUUAGCUGCAGAGGUGCUGCAAAGUCCGGUCCGACCCCGCACUCCUCUCAGCCCUCGACCUGAGGAAAUUCCUGCCUACCACCAGCACCAACCUCACAAGGAGAUCCCCACCAGCUUACCCCCUAAACCCAGUGAGGGCUAUGGGAGGAACUGUGUGCCUGUCAUCCAGCGGGCGUACGCUCCACAGAGUGGGGAGCAGAGUGGCAGUGAUACGGAUACAGACAGCGGCUAUGGAGGAGAGUUGGAGAAGAAUGAGUCAGGGGUGUCACAGGGACGUCCAGAUUACUACAGUCAGGAGAGCCAGCUGAAGCGAGCGCUGGGUGAGAGGCAGGGCUCCGGCAUCAAGCAGGAGGACGAUGAGCCGCGCCACAAACGACCCCGGGCGGAAUCAUCUGAGGAUGAGCUGCUCUCAGGUGGAGAGUCAUCCACUUCGUCAUCCUCUAGUGGUUACGGUAGUUACAUGAGUGUAUCCCCCAACCAUCCACCUCCUCCACAUCCCCUCUGCAUGCCUUUCUACCUCAUUCCACCCUCUGCUGCCGCCUACCUGCCAAUGCUGGAGAAAUGCUGGUAUCCAGGAGCUGUGCCCAUGCUGUACCCUGGCAUGGGAGGUGCAGCACCCGCCAUGUCCAGCGAAAGACCGCCACCACCUCAGCUCGUGUUGUCUCCCAGAGGAGGCUCUCCAGCCCCAGCCAUAUCUCAAACCCCCAUGGACUCCCCUGCCCUCCUUCAGGCACUAAAGCAGGUACCACCCCUCAACCUGGAAACCAAAGACUGAGAGAUGAGAGAACAGGGUUGACGAGAUGGUCCUUUGCUAGCAUCCAGCAGCAGAGACCAUAGUAGGAGGGAGAACAUGACUGAGUCGUUCCAUUAUCCAUCCUCAUUUUUCUCCUCUGUUCCUCAGCCCGGAGGUCAAACAGUAAACAAGUGGACUUGUAGAGAUGAUAAGGGGGUCGGGGUGGGGUGGGAUGGGAGGGUUGGCAGCAUCCAUCCACAUUGGAGGAAUGCAAAGUUUGAAUGUUUAAUGCUCAGUGGUAAUACUCAGUGCAAAUAUAUCAUAUAAACUGGACCUGCCCUGCACACACACACACACACACACACACACACACACACACACACACAUACACUUGGUUGAAUGUAAAGAAAGAAAUGUUUCAGAUGCUGCUGUUAAAGUAUAAACGCCGAUGACACUGAUGCAUCUCACUUGUAGCUGUUGCGAUAGUGACACGCCAUAUUUGUACUCUAGAAAAUCAUUGCACCAGAUGUUAGCAGUAAUACGUCACCCAAAGUUUGUCGCCUGUGUCCUGUAGGUCACCAUUAUCAUCACUUAAAAUGCCCUUUGAACCAGAUCACUAUGAUGACUGGCACCAUAACAUCCAAGGGUUUCCUCAAGUGUGUACAGACAAGAGUAUGGGUACACCCAUGGGUGGAUGAAGGAACGGCCCACCACAUGACCACGCUGAAUGAGAAGUCUUGUUAUUCAAUGACAAACACAGACAGUUGAGAUGGAUUUUCUGUAAUUAUUGUUCAUAGACUUCUUGUACAUUUCUAUUUUUGAUACCCGUUCUUGCACUCUGUCCGCAGAGAUAGGAGGGCAGAGUGUGGACAAUUGUACGUUUGUGUACUCAGAAACUGUGUACAUACUGUAGCACUGUGCUGGACCUGGUCUGCAUACUCAACAUCUGUUUCUGCUCAAGUCAAACCUGGUGUUUGUUCUUGCUGUUGCCUUUUACUUGUGAAAAGCUAAUAAAUCUCAGAUGUUUAUUCUCUGUACUACAUAUGAA